GACGCUGGUCACCUCCUGUGAGAUCUCUCUCUGCCCCCAUUCCAUGGUGGCUGCCUUUCCAUGUCCUCAACCGUUCUGCUUCCCCAGCGCAGAGGACAGUGACCACGUUCCCACAGCUGGUUCUGAGAGGUGGCCUCAGCACCUUCACACCAGGUCUCCUGGAAGGGGGAGCCUGUGAGCCCUUUGAGUGCUUAGGCCUGUGUGUCCUACGCAGAAGUCCCUGGCCACAUGUGGCUAUUUACACCCAAAUUGAUUAAAUUUAAAUUGAUAAGUAAAAACUCAGUUCCUCGGUUGCCUAAACCCUGCCCCCAGCCCAGUGGCCACCUGUGCCAGUUACAGAGCUUCUCUGUCCUGGCAGGAUGGUCUUUGGCCUGCACCAAUAACAAUAAUAAGCACCUUUAGGAACAGGCCUGGGUGUGGCUGGUUCAGCAUUUAUCCUCAAUACCUAGGAAAUUGUAUGCGCUCAAGAAUUUUUGUUGAAUGAAUAAAUCUGUAUUUGUUUCUUAUAUAUAUGCAAAUUGGGAAGCAAAUAUUAAUCUUGGAAUUGUUACUUCAAAUCUGGCAAUGAAGUUCCAUAAUAUCUUCUUCCUAUUUUCCCUCUUAUCAGGUAUCAUGAUAUUACUCGGUUUGAUUUCAAGCCAUUUAUGAGACCCUAAAUCUCUCAAAAAUGGAAAACAUAGUGCCAUCCUUCCUGGGGGAUCCUGACUGUUGGUGAUGGCAGAGCUGAGCCUGCCAGCAGCUCACAACGUGUCAGCCCAGUCUGAGUGGUCCUGACCAUGGACGGAGCAUCGGCUGUUCAGGGGAGCCUCUUGGAGGAUGGAUCCCACAGUGGCACCUCAGCCCUUCCUGAUGCCCUCCCAAAGGCCCUGGGCCCACAGGCACCACCUGACCAAUGGGACAAAGCCCAGCGUGCCAGCGUCGCGGUGGACAGAGCUAUGGCUGAAGGAGAAAGCCCAGACGUGCCCAACGAGGGGGAUGCAUGUCAGAAUGGGCCGACAUCACAGCUCCCAGGCCCUCCAUCAGCGCUCAGUCCCAUCAGGAGCCCAGUGGGUCCUGAUGCCCCUCCAGGCUCCAUAGAGGCUUCGCUGCCCCUGGAGAAGGAGGAGCAGGUCCGACUUCAGGCUCGGAGGCGGCUGGAGGAGCAGCUCAGACAGUACAGGGUGAAGCGCCAGCAGGAACGAUCCAGCCAACCUGCAACUAAAAUGAGACCUUUCAGCACACUUGAUCCUGAACUCAUGUUGAACCCAGAAACCUUACCAAGGGCCAGCACUGUGGCCAUGACAAAGGAGUAUUCCUUCCUGCGCACCAGUGUGCCUCGGGGGCCGAAGGUGGGCAGCUUAGGGCACCUGGCACAUUCUAAGGAGAAAAAAAGUUCCAAAUCAAGCAAAAUUCGGUCCCUGGCUGAUUAUAGAACUGAAGACUCAGACGCUGGGAAUUUGGGUGGAAAUGUUCUGGCCACAGACUCCACUAGGGGCUCCCUGAAGCAGAACCGAAGCAGCGUGACAGCAGUGGUGUCUGAAGUCAGCCUGGGCCCUGAGGCCGAUGACCUGGAGAACUCGUCCCUGACUGGAGACAACAUGUCUGAGGCUGAUGGGAAUGAGAGUGACAGCUCUUCCUAUAGUGGUGUCUCCACCCGGGGAGUGCUCGGCCUUCUGGUGAACAGUGCAGGUAGGCGUGAAGCCUCCUACGUGAUCAACGGCCAGGAGAUUGCCGCCAGUUCCCUGGGCCAGUUCCCGUCCAUCACGGAUGUCCUCCAGGCCGCUGCAGCCGAGCACCGAGACCGGGGCCCAGAGGUCAAUGGGGAGACGCGGAGCCGGACAGACAGCAUCUGCAGCAGUGUGUCCAUGGAAGGCUCUGUGGCUGAAACUCAUGAUGAGAUGUUGCAGAUUCUUAAAGAAAAAAUGAGACUUGAAGGACAGCUAGAAGCCUUAUCCCAGGAGGCUAGUCAGGCACUAAAGGAAAAGGCAGAGCUGCAGGCCCAGCUGGCUGCCCUGAACACACGGCUGCAGGUGCAGGAGGAGGACAGCCACAGCAGCCAGCGGAAGCAGGAUGCGCUCAGUUCGGAGGUGGACACCUUGAAGCAGUCCUGCUGGGACCUGGAGCAGGCAAUGAGCGACCUGCAAAACACACUAGAGGCCAAGAAUGCCAGCCUGUCGUCCUCCCACCACGACCUGCAGGUGGCAGAGGAGCAGUAUAAGCGACUCCUGGCCAAAGUGGAGGAGAUGCAGAGCAGCAUGCUCAGCAAGGACAGCACAGUGCACGACCUGCGGCAGCAGAUGACAGCCUUGCAGAGCCAGCUGCGGCAGGUGCAGCUGGAGCGCACAACGCUCACCAGCAGGCUGAAGGCAUCCCAGGCGGAAAUCACGUCUCUGCAGAGUGUCAGGCAGUGGUACCAGCAGCAGCUUGCCCUGGCCCAGGAGGCCCGGGUCAGACUGCAGGGCGAGAUGGCCCACAUCCAGGUUGGACAGAUGACCCAGACGGGCCUCCUGGAGCACCUGAAACUUGAGAACGUGUCCUUGUGCCAGCAGCUGACAGAAACCCAGCGCAGAGCCAUCAGGGAGAAGGAGCACGUGGCCCUGCGGCUCCGGGGCAUCGAGGCUGACAUGUUGGACCAAGAAGCUGCCUUUGUGCAGAUUCAAGAGGCGAAGACGAUGGUGGAGGAGGACCUGCAGAGGAGACUGGAGGAGUUCGAGGAGGAGAAGGCACAGUUGCAGAAGAUGGCGGCCUCAGCAACGGCCCUGGAGCAGCAGCUAGAGCAGGUGAAGUUAACGCUGCACCAGCGAGACCAACAGCUUGAGGCCUUGCAGCAGGAGCACCUGGACUUGCUGAAGCAGUUCACUUCGACACAGGAGACCUUGCAGAGCCGGGAGCAGGCCCUUGGUGACCUGCAGGUGCGCUACGAUGAGCUGCAGGUCCAGCUGGAGGAGCUGCAGGGCGAGGGCGGAUCCAAGGACGACACCAUCCGCUUCCUGCAGAACGAGAAGAUUGUCUUGGAGGUGGCUCUGCAGGCGGCCAGGAGCUCUGGGGAGGAACUCGACAGAGGAGUCAGAAGCUUGGAAGAAGGUGCUGAGGAAACAUCAGAAAUUUUGGAGCAGUUACGACAGGAAUUAGCCAUCAAGUCCAGCCAGGUGGAGCACCUGCAGGAAGAUGCUGCCUCUCUAAAAAAGCAGAUGCAGAAAAUAAAGGAACAGUUUCUUCAGCAGAAGGUUAUGGUGGAGGCCUACCGACGGGACACUGCCUCCAAAGACCAACUCAUUGGCGAGCUCAAGGCCAUGAAGAAGAGGCUGGACUCGGAGGUGAAGGAGCUGAGGCAGGAACUGAUUCAGCUUCAAGGGGACAAGAAGUCUGUGGAGGCAGAGCAGUUGCGCUUGCAGAAAGAGGUGUCCCAGGUCCAGCAGCAGAUGGCGGCUCUCGAAGGGCAUCUGGAGUCGGUGCAGAGGGAGCGCGAUGAGAUGGAGACCCACCUGCAGUCUCUGCAGUUCGACAGGCAGCAGAUGGCUGUGCUGACGGAGACCAAUGAGGUGCUCCAGGCACAGGUGGAAGAGCUGCGGCAGGCUGCCACCAGGGCCAUCACAGAACAGAAGCAGAGGGUUACGCGGUUGGGCUCAGACCUGAGCAGCGCUCAGAAGGAGAUGAAGAGCAAGCAUAAGGCCUAUGAGAGUGCUGUGAGCAUCCUGAGCCGCCGUCUGCAGGAGGCCCUCACUGCCAAGGAGGCAGCCGAGGCCGAGCUGAGCCAGCUGAGAGCCCAGGCGGCUGACGGGGCCAGCAACCUCACGCUGCAUGAGAGAAUCCAGGCCCUGGAGCUGGAGCUGCAGACUGUGGGCCACAGCAAGGUGAUGCUGGAGAAGGAGCUGCAGGAGGUCAUCUCGCUAACCAGCCAGGAGCUGGAGGAGUACCGGGAGAAGGUGCUGGAGCUGGAGGACGAGCUUCAGGAAUCCAGAGGCUUCAGCAAGAAGAUAAAGCGCCUUGAGGAGUCGAAUAGGAAGUUGGCCCUGGAGUUGGAGCACGAGCGAGGGAAGCUCACUGGCCUCGGACAGUCCAACGCGGCUUUGCGGGAGCACAACAGCGUGUUGGAGACAGCAUUAGCCAAGAGGGAGGCCGACCUCAUGGAGCUGAACCUUCAGGUUCAGGCCAUCAUGCAGCGCAAGCAGGAGGAGGACCGCCAGAUGAGGCAGCUUGUGCAGACCUUACAAGUGGCCCUGGAGAGAGAGAAGCUGGAAGUGCACAGCCUCAGGGAACAGGUGGCUGCAGCCAAAGCAGAAGCAGGACACAACCACCGCCACUUCAAGGCCGCCUCCUUGGAGCUGAGCGAGGUGAAGAAGGACCUGCAGGCCAAGGAGCUCCUGGUGCAAACGCUGCAGGCAGCAGCCGAGCAUCUCCAGCUUCAGGAGGGGAGACAAGCCCAGGAAGUAGCACAGUUCCAGGCAGAGCUUGAGGAGGCACGCACCCAGCUGCAGCUCCUGCAGAAGCAGCUGGACGAGCAGCUGAGCAAACAACCCAUGGGAAACCAAGAGAUGGAAAACCUCAAGUGGGAGGUGGAUCAGAAGGAGCGAGAAAUCCAGUCCCUGAAGCAACAGCUGGAUCUGAAUGAGCAGCAGAGCAGGCGGGAGCUGGAUGGGGCUGAGCGGUCUCUGCAGAACAUCAAGUCUGAGCUGGAGCUGGUACGGGAAGACCUGUCUGUGACCCAGAAAGACAAGUUUGUGCUUCAAGCUAAAGUGUCAGAGCUGAAGAACAACAUGAAGACCCUGCUGCAGCAGAACCAGCAGCUCAAGCUGGACCUUCGACGUGGCGCGGCCAAGAUGAGAAAGGAGCAGAGAGGUGAGGCCAGCCCUUCCAGCCCCCUGACGCCGGUGAAGGUCCCGGACUGCCCCGUCCCAGCCUCACUGCUGGAGGAGCUGCUGAGGCCCCCACCCGCCGUGAGCAAGGAGCCCCUGAGGAACCUCAACAGCUGUCUCCAGCAACUGAAGCAGGAGAUGGACAGCCUGCAGCGCCAGAUGGAGGCCCACACCGUCACUGUGCAUGAGUCGCUGUCCUCAUGGACCCAGGGGGACCCUGCCGCCAACCCUGCUUCCUUGGGCGAGCAUGCCAACCCCGCAGGAGACACAGAGCCACCUGGUCCCAGCAGCCCAUCCAGAGAGGGGCUGGGAGCAGCUGCCGCUGAGCAACCCCACGCCCAGUGUGUAUAACUGCCCAGACUUCCCCUCACCAGGUUACGUUUCUGCUUCCCUCAGUGAUGGAAUUUACGUUCUGCAUUUGUCUUUACAAGGAGUAAAAUAACGGGAGGGAGCCACCUGCUGAUCACAACCAGCUCCCCACAGUGACCAAAUCCUAAACUCCUAGUUGAGUCUCAGUGAUAGUGUUGGAAGGUGUCUGGGGUGAUUUGCAGGAGGCGAAACCUCACCAGUGACGUGGACACUGCUCUGCAGCCACCAGUCCUGGGGAACCUGGUCGCAAGUCCACGUCCUCACUUCCCUGUGGGGCCCACAGGGGAGGCUUUACCUCCCCACAGAAGUGAGACUUUAUUGCACCUUUGGUUUUUAUUUUAUUUUCAUAGCCAUCGCACCAUAGGACGUGUAAAUACUGAGAAUCAUAACCUAACCUUUAAAAAGUAUGUUCUCAUAUUAUUUAAAAAUGACCUGAAUUGUCUGCUUUUUGAUUGCCUUUUGAAAAUCUGCUAUCAGGAAAUAAUGUACAUGUAGGAUUAAGGGAUGUCAGUCAGAAAAUUAUAUUUUAAGAAAUAUAAUUAUUUUAUUUACCUUCUAAAACCAAA